UUGGGAAGGGAAGAGGUAGAGUAGCAUAGAGAUGUAUGUGACAAGGCCUCUUUCUCUAUACAGAGACACUUCUUCUUCCUCCUCCUCCUCGGCGCUUGAGCCUGAGGGUCCAAAUACAGGCGUCUUGGUGAUCGAAGACGAAGCUUCGGAAUUGAGAUGGUUUUUUGGACUGCUUAAGGAUACGUCUGUGGCAGUGCCGCCGUUCCCUCAGAACAAGCUACUGGAGCUUCGAUAUUUGAAACAUAGUGCUGCACACAACCGAAGGCACUGGCACCAUCUCACUGAUUACUUUUACGCAUGGCUAAUUCCUGUUUUGAAUCAGCCUCCCAAUUCCAACCAAUAUUAUAUCAUCAAUUCUCGUGGCAAAACUAAAGGGCUGGCAUGUACAAGUUCAAAGGAAGACGACAUAAUUAGUUGUUGUUGCUUCAACUUUAUUGAUGAUAUACAACCACAACUCUUCGACCCAAGAAGUCCUUAUCAACAGUUCCAAAUUACCAAUAAAUAUACAUACUUUGGAAGUCAUGAUGGUUUUGUGUCUAAGUCAAUGGCUUCCGAUGGGGUUCCUCCAUAUUUCCUAAGACAUCAAGGCUGGACAGCUAAUACCAAGACUCUUGAAAACUUCGAAGCUUGGCCAGCACUCGGCAUCAACCCUACAUUACGAGCUCGCCUCCCUAAGCUUGACUCGAUCGACCCAGUGGUGGUGGGAAAAUGGUAUUGCCCUUUUAUUUUCAUUCGUGAAGGAGAGAUUGGUGCUCAGAUGAGGGACUCAACGUACUACGAAAUGACCCUCCAGCAGAAUUGGAAAGAGAUAUUUAGAUGCUAUAAUAAUAAUAAAAAUAGUACUAAUGGUGAUGUGUUGGUGGAUGUUUGUGUUAAAAGGGAAGCGGUUUUAGUUAGAGAGACGCUGUUAACAACAAAGAGGGUGGUGGUUUCUGAUGGGAUUAUGUGGUUCGGUCCAUCAUCAGAGGUGGGGCUGAGUAUGGCGAUUGUGGAGAGGGUUCAAUGGGAAGAGGAGAGAGUUGGUUUUGUAUGGGGAGAAAGUCAUGAGGAUCAGGAGAUAGAGAGAGUUGUGAGAAGAGAAGUGUUUAAAGGAAAGGGAGUGUGGAAGAGAUUUGGGUGUUAUGUUUUGGUUGAAAGGUUUGUGCUUAAGAGAAUGGAUGGAACUUUGGCUCUUACUUGGGAAUUCAGACACACUCAUCAAAUUAGAACCAAAUGGGAAUGAAAAGAAGGGAAAAACACCUCAAAGAUUUUUUAUAUUUUUAUGAUGUAAUUUUGAAUUCUAGAAAUGAAAUAAAUAUUGGAGUUGAUGCCCUAAAUCUCGUAG